AUGGGUCUCAUCAAAAACAUCACAAUAACAGUUAUAACAUGUCGACAUGCAAACUACGUUAUUGACUUGCCUACUAGAGAAACCAAUCGGAUUGUCACAUCCUCCUCCAACUCCCCGCUGAGGGAGGAGAGGAACGAUCAUCAAAGACCUACUGAGACUGUCACUCAAGCUGUGACUGUCUCGAGGUCAACUUCACGCUCAGAGGAAAGAGAAACCAAUCGGAUUGUCACAUCCUCCUCCAACUCCCCGCUGAGGGAGGAGAGGAACGAUCAUCAAAGACCUACUGAGACUGUCACUCAAGCUGUGACUGUCUCGAGGUCAACUUCACGCUCAGAGGAAAGAGAAACCAAUCGGAUUGUCACAUCCUCCUCCAACUCCCCGCUGAGGGAGGAGAGGAACGAUCAUCAAAGACCUACUGAGACUGUCACUCAAGCUGUGACUGUCUCGAGGUCAACUUCACGCUCAGAGGAAAGAGAAACCAAUCGGAUUGUCACAUCCUCCUCCAACUCCCCGCUGAGGGAGGAGAGGAACGAUCAUCAAAGACCUACUGAGACUGUCACUCAAGCUGUGACUGUCUCGAGGUCAACUUCACGCUCAGAGGAAAGAGAAACCAAUCGGAUUGUCACAUCCUCCUCCAACUCCCCGCUGAGGGAGGAGAGGAACGAUCAUCAAAGACCUACUGAGACUGUCACUCAAGCUGUGACUGUCUCGAGGUCAACUUCACGCUCAGAGGAAAGAGAAACCAAUCGGAUUGUCACAUCCUCCUCCAACUCCCCGCUGAGGGAGGAGAGGAACGAUCAUCAAAGACCUACUGAGACUGUCACUCAAGCUGUGACUGUCUCGAGGUCAACUUCACGCUCAGAGGAAAGAGAAACCAAUCGGAUUGUCACAUCCUCCUCCAACUCCCCGCUGAGGGAGGAGAGGAACGAUCAUCAAAGACCUACUGAGACUGUCACUCAAGCUGUGACUGUCUCGAGGUCAACUUCACGCUCAGAGGAAAGAGAAACCAAUCGGAUUGUCACAUCCUCCUCCAACUCCCCGCUGAGGGAGGAGAGGAACGAUCAUCAAAGACCUACUGAGACUGUCACUCAAGCUGUGACUGUCUCGAGGUCAACUUCACGCUCAGAGGAAAGAGAAACCAAUCGGAUUGUCACAUCCUCCUCCAACUCCCCGCUGAGGGAGGAGAGGAACGAUCAUCAAAGACCUACUGAGACUGUCACUCAAGCUGUGACUGUCUCGAGGUCAACUUCACGCUCAGAGGAAAGAGAAACCAAUCGGAUUGUCACAUCCUCCUCCAACUCCCCGCUGAGGGAGGAGAGGAACGAUCAUCAAAGACCUACUGAGACUGUCACUCAAGCUGUGACUGUCUCGAGGUCAACUUCACGCUCAGAGGAAAGAGAAACCAAUCGGAUUGUCACAUCCUCCUCCAACUCCCCGCUGAGGGAGGAGAGGAACGAUCAUCAAAGACCUACUGAGACUGUCACUCAAGCUGUGACUGUCUCGAGGUCAACUUCACGCUCAGAGGAAAGAGAAACCAAUCGGAUUGUCACAUCCUCCUCCAACUCCCCGCUGAGGGAGGAGAGGAACGAUCAUCAAAGACCUACUGAGACUGUCACUCAAGCUGUGACUGUCUCGAGGUCAACUUCACGCUCAGAGGAAAGAGAAACCAAUCGGAUUGUCACAUCCUCCUCCAACUCCCCGCUGAGGGAGGAGAGGAACGAUCAUCAAAGACCUACUGAGACUGUCACUCAAGCUGUGACUGUCUCGAGGUCAACUUCACGCUCAGAGGAAAGAGAAACCAAUCGGAUUGUCACAUCCUCCUCCAACUCCCCGCUGAGGGAGGAGAGGAACGAUCAUCAAAGACCUACUGAGACUGUCACUCAAGCUGUGACUGUCUCGAGGUCAACUUCACGCUCAGAGGAAAGAGAAACCAAUCGGAUUGUCACAUCCUCCUCCAACUCCCCGCUGAGGGAGGAGAGGAACGAUCAUCAAAGACCUACUGAGACUGUCACUCAAGCUGUGACUGUCUCGAGGUCAACUUCACGCUCAGAGGAAAGAGAAACCAAUCGGAUUGUCACAUCCUCCUCCAACUCCCCGCUGAGGGAGGAGAGGAACGAUCAUCAAAGACCUACUGAGACUGUCACUCAAGCUGUGACUGUCUCGAGGUCAACUUCACGCUCAGAGGAAAGAGAAACCAAUCGGAUUGUCACAUCCUCCUCCAACUCCCCGCUGAGGGAGGAGAGGAACGAUCAUCAAAGACCUACUGAGACUGUCACUCAAGCUGUGACUGUCUCGAGGUCAACUUCACGCUCAGAGGAAAUAGAAACCAAUCGGAUUGUCACAUCCUCCUCCAACUCCCCGCUGAGGGAGGAGAGGAACGAUCAUCAAAGACCUACUGAGACUGUCACUCAAGCUGUGACUGUCUCGAGGUCAACUUCACGCUCAGAGGAAAGAGAAACCAAUCGGAUUGUCACAUCCUCCUCCAACUCCCCGCUGAGGGAGGAGAGGAACUAUCAUCAAAGACCUACUGAGACUGUCACUCAAGCUGUGACUGUCUCGAGGUCAACUUCACGCUCAGAGGAAAGAGAAACCAAUCGGAUUGUCACAUCCUCCUCCAACUCCCCGCUGAGGGAGGAGAGGAACGAUCAUCAAAGACCUACUGAGACUGUCACUCAAGCUGUGACUGUCUCGAGGUCAACUUCACGCUCAGAGGAAAUAGAAACCAAUCGGAUUGUCACAUCCUCCUCCAACUCCCCGCUGAGGGAGGAGAGGAACGAUCAUCAAAGACCUACUGAGACUGUCACUCAAGCUGUGACUGUCUCGAGGUCAACUUCACGCUCAGAGGAAAGAGAAACCAAUCGGAUUGUCACAUCCUCCUCCAACUCCCCGCUGAGGGAGGAGAGGAACGAUCAUCAAAGACCUACUGAGACUGUCACUCAAGCUGUGACUGUCUCGAGGUCAACUUCACGCUCAGAGGAAAGAGAAACCAAUCGGAUUGUCACAUCCUCCUCCAACUCCCCGCUGAGGGAGGAGAGGAACGAUCAUCAAAGACCUACUGAGACUGUCACUCAAGCUGUGACUGUCUCGAGGUCAACUUCACGCUCAGAGGAAAGAGAAACCAAUCGGAUUGUCACAUCCUCCUCCAACUCCCCGCUGUGGGAGGAGAGGAACGAUCAUCAAAGACCUACUGAGACUGUCACUCAAGCUGUGACUGUCUCGAGGUCAACUUCACGCUCAGAGGAAGUGACUGAAUCUCGUCAUCAUGCACCAUUUGCUAGAGAAACCAAUCGGAUUGUCACAUCCUCCUCCAACUCCCCGCUGAGGGAGGAGAGGAACGAUCAUCAAAGACCUACUGAGACUGUCACUCAAGCUGUGACUGUCUCGAGGUCAACUUCACGCUCAGAGGAAGAGACUGAAUCUCGUCAUCAUGCACCAUUUGCUAGAGAAACCAAUCGGAUUGUCACAUCCUCCUCCAACUCCCCGCUGAGGGAGGAGAGGAACGAUCAUCAAAGACCUACUGAGACUGUCACUCAAGCUGUGACUGUCUCGAGGUCAACUUCACGCUCAGAGGAAAGAGAAACCAAUCGGAUUGUCACAUCCUCCUCCAACUCCCCGCUGAGGGAGGAGAGGAACGAUCAUCAAAGACCUACUGAGACUGUCACUCAAGCUGUGACUGUCUCGAGGUCAACUUCACGCUCAGAGGAAAGAGAAACCAAUCGGAUUGUCACAUCCUCCUCCAACUCCCCGCUGAGGGAGGAGAGGAACGAUCAUCAAAGACCUACUGAGACCGUCACUCAAGCUGUGACUGUCUCGAGGUCAACUUCACGCUCAGAGGAAAGAGAAACCAAUCGGAUUGUCACAUCCUCCUCCAACUCCCCGCUGAGGGAGGAGAGGAACGAUCAUCAAAGACCUACUGAGACUGUCACUCAAGCUGUGACUGUCUCGAGGUCAACUUCACGCUCAGAGGAAAGAGAAACCAAUCGGAUUGUCACAUCCUCCUCCAACUCCCCGCUGAGGGAGGAGAGGAACGAUCAUCAAAGACCUACUGAGACUGUCACUCAAGCUGUGACUGUCUCGAGGUCAACUUCACGCUCAGAGGAAAGAGAAACCAAUCGGAUUGUCACAUCCUCCUCCAACUCCCCGCUGAGGGAGGAGAGGAACGAUCAUCAAAGACCUACUGAGACUGUCACUCAAGCUGUGACUGUCUCGAGGUCAACUUCACGCUCAGAGGAAAGAGAAACCAAUCGGAUUGUCACAUCCUCCUCCAACUCCCCGCUGAGGGAGGAGAGGAACGAUCAUCAAAGACCUACUGAGACUGUCACUCAAGCUGUGACUGUCUCGAGGUCAACUUCACGCUCAGAGGAAAGAGAAACCAAUCGGAUUGUCACAUCCUCCUCCAACUCCCCGCUGAGGGAGGAGAGGAACGAUCAUCAAAGACCUACUGAGACUGUCACUCAAGCUGUGACUGUCUCGAGGUCAACUUCACGCUCAGAGGAAAGAGAAACCAAUCGGAUUGUCACAUCCUCCUCCAACUCCCCGCUGAGGGAGGAGAGGAACGAUCAUCAAAGACCUACUGAGACUGUCACUCAAGCUGUGACUGUCUCGAGGUCAACUUCACGCUCAGAGGAAAGAGAAACCAAUCGGAUUGUCACAUCCUCCUCCAACUCCCCGCUGAGGGAGGAGAGGAACGAUCAUCAAAGACCUACUGAGACUGUCACUCAAGCUGUGACUGUCUCGAGGUCAACUUCACGCUCAGAGGAAAGAGAAACCAAUCGGAUUGUCACAUCCUCCUCCAACUCCCCGCUGAGGGAGGAGAGGAACGAUCAUCAAAGACCUACUGAGACUGUCACUCAAGCUGUGACUGUCUCGAGGUCAACUUCACGCUCAGAGGAAAGAGAAACCAAUCGGAUUGUCACAUCCUCCUCCAACUCCCCGCUGAGGGAGGAGAGGAACGAUCAUCAAAGACCUACUGAGACUGUCACUCAAGCUGUGACUGUCUCGAGGUCAACUUCACGCUCAGAGGAAAGAGAAACCAAUCGGAUUGUCACAUCCUCCUCCAACUCCCCGCUGAGGGAGGAGAGGAACGAUCAUCAAAGACCUACUGAGACUGUCACUCAAGCUGUGACUGUCUCGAGGUCAACUUCACGCUCAGAGGAAAGAGAAACCAAUCGGAUUGUCACAUCCUCCUCCAACUCCCCGCUGAGGGAGGAGAGGAACGAUCAUCAAAGACCUACUGAGACUGUCACUCAAGCUGUGACUGUCUCGAGGUCAACUUCACGCUCAGAGGAAAGAGAAACCAAUCGGAUUGUCACAUCCUCCUCCAACUCCCCGCUGAGGGAGGAGAGGAACGAUCAUCAAAGACCUACUGAGACUGUCACUCAAGCUGUGACUGUCUCGAGGUCAACUUCACGCUCAGAGGAAAGAGAAACCAAUCGGAUUGUCACAUCCUCCUCCAACUCCCCGCUGAGGGAGGAGAGGAACGAUCAUCAAAGACCUACUGAGACUGUCACUCAAGCUGUGACUGUCUCGAGGUCAACUUCACGCUCAGAGGAAAGAGAAACCAAUCGGAUUGUCACAUCCUCCUCCAACUCCCCGCUGAGGGAGGAGAGGAACGAUCAUCAAAGACCUACUGAGACUGUCACUCAAGCUGUGACUGUCUCGAGGUCAACUUCACGCUCAGAGGAAGUGACUGAAUCUCGUCAUCAUGCACCAUUUGCUAGAGAAACCAAUCGGAUUGUCACAUCCUCCUCCAACUCCCCGCUGAGGGAGGAGAGGAACGAUCAUCAAAGACCUACUGAGACUGUCACUCAAGCUGUGACUGUCUCGAGGUCAACUUCACGCUCAGAGGAAGUGACUGAAUCUCGUCAUCAUGGUUUUCGUGCCGUUCAAUUUUGCUCAACGUCCCGGCAAGACCAACUUUAG